UUGAUUACCGUUCGGUGAUAAGCGCCGAUUAAGCACGAUAGGGGGAGAUAGAGAGAGAGAGAGAGAGAGAGAGAAAGAGAGAGAGAGAAAGAUAGAGAAGGGAAGAGAUAAACCUACAAAAUAUUCGACCGACUCAAUUUUCCGUUUCACCGUGCAUUUACGUGACUCGCGAAAGCAUGCAAGGUCGUAAAUUUACAUCGAUAACGAAUCGAACGGCUAUUGCGUGGAGUCGUGGAAAACGAUAAAGGGGUAGAAGACAAUCGCGAUUUCGAUCGACGAGCAAAAGUCGAGUACGAGUCUACGACGACGACGACGACGACGACGACGACGACGGCGAUCGUGAUCGAACAGUCGCCCGAUAUGAACGCUUUGGCCAUCUUGUUUCUGUCAACGCUCAUCUGCGCGUUGGGCGGUGGACCUAGUCGAUGCAUCGCGGUUCCAACCAUGUCCGCCUAUCAAGCAGGUAUCUCGGCUCGCGUAUGGGACCAGGACGUCGCGACGUUCCAUCGCCGGGCGCGCUCCGCUUCGAAUAACAGUACGACCAAUAGCUCGCCCAACAGCUCGACCAACGGCUCGACCAACGCCUCGAACAACGGCUCGACCAACAGCUCGACCAACGGCUCGACCAACAGCUCGACGAACGGCUCGACCAACAGCUCGACGAACAGCUCGACCAACGGCUCGACCAACGGUUGGACCAACAGUUCGAGCAACGGCAACAACGUUACGCGAAAUCUCGGACCAGAGUUACCCGGAAACGUGACCAACGAGAUCGUUUGCGCAAUCGAUAACCUUCUUUUCGAUAUCGAAUCGAUGCUUCUCUCGUGGAUCGACUCGGAUGAAACGGGUACGAGCGAAGAAACGUCGGAGAGCGCGGAAAUCUCCUUGUACGUGAUACAGAGACAUAGAAGGGCGUUAGUAUCGCAAAUAUCCGAUUUACUGCCAAAGAGUCUGACGAGCUUUAUGCAAAUUCCUGUCGAUUACCUGCACGAAUCGAUGGAUUCGGCGCAAAAUUUAAUCGGCCAACAAAUAUCCUCGGUCAUAGACGAAGUGAUAAGUACCGUAUUAAACUUCAUGUCGACGAAAGGAUUGCCCGCGAUACACAGCGCGCUGAAUGAAAUGGCAAAAACAGAUCGCUUGCCUGCCAGUGUAAAUAACAUGAUCGAUCAGUUCAACUCGAUUUACGAAAUCUUAAAAUUUCUGCGUUUCAUAAGACCUAACGGCAACUGAUUACUCCGACUCGUACGACGAUCCGUGCAACUUGAGAGAAAUAGUUGCCACGCGAAUAAACGUUUGCAGAUCAACAGCGAAACGUUGGAAUUUUUUCUU